UAACAUAAAGCCGGUAAAUCAUUACACAAAAACUAUUUUUGUCCUCGUUAUUAGUCAAUGUUGCAUGGAAACAAUAUCGUGUACGACGGAGUUUCAAUGAUUUGUUUACUUAUGCUCAAAAUAUAUACGAAGUUUAAGUUAACCAUCGGCAUUCUAAUGAAAGCAACAACAAGAGACAGCGCCUCUCCCACGAGAUAAGAGAGACAGAGAGAAUGGUGGCGCUCAGAGCUGUCUUCGUGUGUACUCUCGGGAUCGAUACACAGUACACACUUGGCGCGACGUUCGUGUAAGGUUACGGUUUGUACGGGAUCGCAUGCGGGUGUGUAUGCUUCUUUCCAUGCUUGUCUCUUGUGACGUCGUUGUGUUACGUGUCUGCGUGCAUGCUCUCUAUAAGCGAGGGUGGAUUUUCGGUGUAGCUACAGAAAAAUUCAAAGAAAUUGAGAAGAACGCGUCAGACUAUGCGGGUACCUCAUGCAACGCACCCUCUCUCAAGGCGAGCGCGCCGGCAACCGUUGCUGAAAAGAAACGUGUGAGAAUGACAAGUCUCGUAGCAUGUCUUGACGAGUAGGAGGAGCUCUUCAACGGGGUUUUCGGCAGACAAGGGUUCUCCAAAAUGGCGGGCGGUCAGCAGCUUCCCGAACAGUACACGGUACCGCAGCUCGCUAAGGUCUUCCACGGCCUGCCGCACCUCAACGUCUCUCUCCACUCGGUCAACAACACCUUUAAUCCACAUUCCGAAAUCUAUCUCGAGAGCCUCGGGAUACUUGGAAGUAUCCCCGCAGCUUGGUUAAUCCUGACGUUGCUGGUGCUCCUGGUUUACCUGGUAACGAGAUGCUGCGACCGGAAGCCGCGCCCCAGGAGGUCGAUAACCCUGCUGAAGUGUUCGCUGGCCAUCCUGGCGUUGCUUUGCAGUGGAGCUGUUGCCGUCGGCCUCUACGGUAACGACGAUGUGCACAACGGUUUGGUGCAAUUGGUGGCCGCCGCGAUGAACGUCGAUGGUAUUCUCAUGGGUGUACGGAAUCAGACCGACACCAUCGAGAUUAUAUUAAAGAAGAAGAUACAACCACAAUUGACUGCCUUGGGAGAUGAAUUCGAUGCCCCUGUCAGCAAUAAAACCAUGCUCGGUUUGCUGUUGACUGCGCUGCAGAGCAUGAAGCAGAACACGAACAUCGCCGUGAACCGGAGCUUCGAAAUUCGAAAACCGCUGAGUGGAAUCAGCCUGGCCGGCGCAAUCGGGAUGGCAGUGAAAAUAGAGCAAUUAAGGUGGCCCAUCACUAUGGCCGUUCUCAGCGCGCUUCUCGUUCUCUGCGUGGUGCUGGUCGUCGGAGUUGCACGACAUUCCAGAUGCGUUCUCAUAACAUUCUCCGUAUUCGGUCUAUUUGCAGUGAUAGUCUCUUGGCUGAUGGCUUCACUGUAUCUCGCGACUUCAGUGGCCUUAGGUGAUCUCUGCGUGUCCCCAGACGGUUAUUUAACCAGAGCGGUACCGUCCACCCUAGCCUCCGAAGUUCUUUCAUAUUAUACACAUUGCGAGAAUACACGCAGCAAUCCAUUCAGCCAUAAAUUAAACGAUGGCCAAAUCGCGGCCAGCAAUAUGAAAGAAAAUAUGAAUACUGUGACUAGAUUGGCAUUAGAAUUGUUUAAGGAACAACAAUUACAACCAAAACUGAAUAGCCUUUCGAUUGACGUGAACACUGUGAGCAAGCUUAUGUCAGGCUUGACCACAUUAUUUGAUUGCAAGCCACUUCAUAAACAAUAUGUUCAUGCCGCGAAGAGCUUGUGUCAUUUAGGAUUAUACGGAUUAACCUUUAUGCUAUUGGCCAGCCUAGCUGCAGGAUUGUUUUUCACAGUAUUAGUAGGAGUGGACUCUCAUACUUGGAUCUACAUUCGAAAACGAAGAGAUUACCAUCAAGUUGACGAGCAGGAUCCUUAUCUACCACCAUCGGCAGCCUCACAGGCGAUAGCAGCUAGAACCCUUCGAGGCCAAGGGUCGUACCCGCCUACAGCCCCUUCUGUAUUUUAUCCGAAUGCUCAUGGCACUCAAAAUACCAUUAAGCAGCCUCUCUUGCUAACGCCGCCCCCGCCGUCCUACGCUACUGCGACUGCUCGAGCACGUCAGCUGCACGAGAGCAUGUUAAAAGGUGGGGGUAUUAACGGGAGCGGAGGAGGAGGGGAUCACAAAUCGUCUCAGCAUAAUCAGCAAUCGACAGGUGGACGAGCUGAGCACCGUUCUGGGCUCGGAGAUCAACCUGGCCAGUACGCGACUUUGAGCAAGCAAUGUAAAACUCUUGAAUCUAGUGACUUUUACUGAGGGCACGCCCCCGCAGGGCCCGGUAGAGAACCACCUUGGACACCAAGUGUGGCGUCCUUCACCGGUACCCUGUCUCACAAUUCUCAUGGACCUGCUCAUCUGGCAACUUUCCAAGAUUCUCGCAAAACACAGACUCUAGAUCCAAAAAAUCUAGCGAAUCUUAAAAGAGGUCCAACUCCUGCUUGGAAUCAGAAUCGUCCAUUACCACCAAAUCCUAGCAGUCAACCAACAUGGGAAUUUGAGUCUCGUUCGCAGACUAAUAUGAAUCAAUUUCGAUCCCUGGUACGAAAUAAGACACCAAACAUUCGGAUUCAAGACCAAGUGCAAGAUCAAGUACGAACGCUGGAUAGAAAUUUCACCAGGAAUCAAUUCAAUGGUACUACACAAAAUAAUGCCGUACCAAAUAUGUAUGGAACGUAUAAUCGAGCACAAUCGAGACAAGAAAACAAAUCAACGGUGGCGACGUUGAGUCAAGUACAGGGUAGCGAUCCCAAUUUGUAUGCUGUGACGGAAUUGUAAAAUCAAACGGUGUACCAAACACAUGCAAACUGCCAUUAUAUAAGAAUUUUGCAAUUCAAUAACAGAUGUAAGCUCAUUGGUAAAUUUUCAUUGAGUGUGUGUAGAAAAUUGAGAAAAACGAAAACAAAAUCAUUCUUUUUAAGAGACUCUUUCUAGAAACGUUUUACAUUUUUUUAAGUAUUAACGUGCAUAUUUUGAUAUAUGCAUUCUUAUUUUAUAUGAUAAACUCGAAGAAAAGUGGCUCAAUUGUUUGGUAACUUUUGAUAAGAAUCAUAAACAUUUACAUAUGUUUAAUCAUAAGAUUUUACAAAAGAUCGUCAUUUUAUGAGUACAAUUGAUGGAGACCGGAAACCAUAAAGAGUUUUCCUGCAAAGAUAUUCAAAAUUUUUGGGAAAUCAAAACAAAAAUAAAAAAAA